CAGUGGCGCCUCUAGCGUCAUUAGAAUGGAGAAAUUUUAGUAUGAGAGGAAAAUCGAUCGAUUGCAAAUAGAAAGGAAAAAUACAUUUUAAUGGAAGAAAAGUUACAGCGAUUUUUCCAAAUCAAAAAUGUGCCGUGUGGUGUGAAAAGUGGACGCACGUUUAUAUUCCAAAUAAUGCGUGUGAUAUAAUUUGUUUCAAAUGUGAUUAUUCCAGCAUCAUUGUUUGUGUGUAAAUGUUGUGUGGCACCCAAAAUCCAAAUAACGAGAAAAAUUUUUGUGUGCAGAAAGUCUCAAAUGGAUCUGCGUAUUAUUUAUUAAAGAAAAUUAUAAAUUUUCUCCAUAAAUUGAAUUAAUAGAGAAAUUUCUGUAUAUUGUGGAGCUAAACACUGUGGGCAAAGGCUUUUGGCUGCUGAAGUAUCGGAUAGAAAAUCAACAAAAUUUCCUCCCAGUAUGAAAAUUUUCACUUUGCAUGGAAGUGUUUUUGUGUUGUGUACAAGAAAAUAAUGGCGGAGUAUUCGAGACGAGAGAAAAUUCUGUGAAUAUUUUCUUUUUAUUAUUCUCUACCAAGAAAGUAAACCACAAACUCGUACUGAGUUGGAAAAAUCUAGCCAAGGGCGAAUAAAAUAGUAAAGAGUUGCUUGAGGAAAUGGCAGUGAAUUGAAUCAAAUUGGUCCUCAGCAAAAUUGUUAAUCAGCCAAAUAGAUUCUCUUAACUAUUCCUGGUCCCAAGAAAAUAUCCAACUCGAAUUGUUGAGCACACAGCGAAGAAUAUCAAUCUCGGUCUCUUUUGGUGUUCGCGUGUUGAGAAGAGGAGGUUCCGGGCUGCUGAUUCUGUCGCUUUGGCUACUGCAUCAAUUGACAAGAGUGUGGAACACGAGGGGAGAGAGUUGGACGUCUUCAAUCGACUGAUAUAGAAAAAAAUGUCUUUCCCUCGCAAUCAGCUCAGUGCUUCCACAAUUCCACUGAUAUUGUCUCUCAUAGUCCUGUCCAGUACUGUUCAGAGUAUUCAGGGUGUAUGGCAGGAGAAUGUGAGGCCCAAGCUGUACGUUGAACUGGGAUCUGAGGAAAUACUCAGGUUUCAGGGCAAUGACACGACAAUUGAUAAUUUCAAAUUGAUGCUCCGUGAUGGGAAUAGUUUGCUCAUUGGUGCCAGGAAUAUUGUUUACAAUUUGAGUAUAUCGGAUCUGGGAGAGCAGCAGAGAUUGAUUUGGUAUUCACCAGAAGAUGAUGUGAAGAUGUGCGUCGUAAAGGGGAAAGAUGAGGAAGCUUGCCAGAACUACAUUCGUGUCCUCGUGGUUCCGAGUCCAGGAAAGUUGCAAGUUUGUGGCACAAAUUCAUUUCGACCUAUGUGUCAUUUGUAUCAGAUAAAUGCAAACAAUUAUACAUUGGAAAUGGAGAAACCCGGUCAAGCGGUAUGUCCGUAUGAUCCGCAGCACAAUUCUACAGCAGUAUUUGCCGACAAUGAACUGUAUUCGGGCACCGUAGCUGAUUUCAGUGGCAGUGAUCCAAUAAUUUAUCGCGAACCUCUUCAGACGGAACAAUACGACAGUCUCAGCUUGAAUGCACCAAAUUUUGUUAGUUCGUUCACGCAGGGUGAUUUUGUGUACUUCUUUUUCCGUGAAACAGCUGUGGAAUAUAUAAAUUGUGGAAAAUCUGUAUAUUCACGUGUUGCCCGGGUUUGCAAGUGGGACAAGGGUGGACCACAUCGAUUUAGAAAUCGAUGGACUUCAUUCUUAAAGUCACGGCUAAAUUGCUCGAUGCCCGGAGAUUUUCCAUUUUACUUUAAUGAAAUACAAUCUGCAAGUAAUUUGAUUGAGGGUCGAUAUGGACAUACAAAUUCAAAAUUGAUUUAUGGAGUUUUUACAACACCACCAAAUUCAAUUCCUGGUUCGGCUGUUUGUGCUUUCUCACUGCAAGACAUUGCGGAUACUUUUGAGGGGAAUUUUAAGGAGCAGAGCGGCAUAAAUUCCAACUGGUUGCCAGUGAAUAGUGCAAAAGUACCAGAUCCACGUCCUGGAUCUUGUCACAAUGAUUCACGCACGCUGCCUGAUCUUACGCUCAAUUUCAUCAAGACGCAUUCGCUGAUGGACGAAAAUGUGCCAGCCUUCUUUGGGCAGCCAAUUCUAAUACGCACAAGCACAAUGUACAGAUUUACCCAAAUUGCGGUUGAUCCGCAAAUUAAGACACCAGGCGGAAAGACAUACGAUGUGAUCUUCGUUGGAACUGAUCAUGGAAAGAUAAUAAAGGCAGUUAAUGCUGAUUCAGCAGAUUCAAGCAAGAAGGCAACAUCUGUUGUUAUCGAAGAACUUGAUGUUUUGGCAAAAAGUGAACCAAUUAGGAAUAUGGAAAUCGUGAGAACUGUUCAGUAUGAUCAACCCAAGGAUGGGAAUUAUGAUGAUGGGAAGUUAGUGAUUGUGACAGACAGUCAGGUGAUUGCUGUGAGGUUGCACAGGUGCAAUAGCGAUAAAAUAACGAGUUGCAGUGAGUGUGUGGCUCUACAAGAUCCCUACUGUGCGUGGGAUAAGAUUCAGGGCAAGUGUCGGUCUCAUGGGGCACCUAGGUGGAUGGAAGAGAAUUAUUACUACCAGAGUGUGGCCACAGGGCAGCAUGCAGCAUGUCCAUCGGGUAAAAUGACAUCCAAAGAUGCAAAUGCAGGUGAACAGAAAGGAUACCGCAAUGACAUGGACAUGAUGGACUCACACAAUCGUCUGAUGAAGAAUCAACCGAGUGGGGAGGUGAUCAAUAUUAUGCAGGACAGUAAGAGCUUCGAUGGUACUGGACCACAAAUAACUCCAGACAUUAUGACAGCUCAGUAUUCAGUGGAGACACUUGUAAUGGCUGUUCUGGCUGGAUCGAUUUUUGCUCUGCUUGUUGGCUUUCUCACUGGUUACUUCUGUGGUCGACGGUGUCACAAAGAUGAGGAUGAUAAUCUUCCAUAUCCGGAUACUGAAUAUGAAUACUUUGAGCAACGUCAAAAUGUCAAUCGGAUUCAGACAGAACCAAAACUUCUGCCACAAGUUGAUGAGGUGACAUAUGCUGAGCCAGUGCUGCUACCUCAAACAUCCAGUCAGAAUAAGAUGCAAAAUUCUCCCAAGAGCACUCUCCGGAAGCCAAUGAGCCUUCAUCAUGGUGGCAAUUCUGAUGCUCUUUUCCAAUUCCAACCUGAUGGCUACAAUACACGCGACACGUAUCGGGGACGAGAUAAUUUUGGAACUUUGCGAUCACAUCAAGGCGACAAUUACCGCCGUGGCGAUGGUUUUUCCACGACUCGAAGUGUGAAAAAAGGCUUAAAUACAAAUGCAAGAAACAGAAGUCUCGGUCGACUAAGGAGGCAGCCGCCCCGACAUGGAAUUGCGACUCAACAUCGUUCCGAUAGUCCACAAAAUUCAAGUUCAGGCUCAUCACCAGUCAUGUCGCACAGUAGCUCGAGUCCAGCACCACCAUCGAGUAGCCCAAGCCCUCAGGGCAGCCUGAAGAACUGUAGCUAUAUCUAUCGCGAUUGAUUAAUAUGUGACGCCGUCGAUUCAACAUCAUUGUCACCAGUGAAGACAUCAUCGAAACAGUUGAGAAAUGCCCUCAAUGUCACGUGGAAUAAUUUGUGGAUGAGAAGAAAGAGGGACAGGUCAUCAUCAUCCAUAUGGACGCACAAUAAUCUAUUAAUGGAAAAUAUCAUUGGUGACUGUGACAUGAGAUCAUCAUCUUCAGCAUCCACCAUUCCCAUUGAUGAGUUCGUGAUGGGUGGACACGAGGGUGCCAGUGGUGGGAGAUGUGGGGGAAAAAAUCGACGCCGCAAGAGUAACAAAGCUAAUACAUGUGAUCCAAGAGAGUGUGAGUUGCUUGUUGUUAAAGCAUCAGACUGGGAUGACGAAAAAUGAAUUCUAACAUGAACUUUUAUUAUAUAUAAAUAUUAUUAACAAGAAAAAAAGGGAGAUAAUUCCAAAAUUAAGUGAGAAUGUGAAGAAAAAUUUUCACAAAGUGUGAGUUAUAAAAAGUGAGCAGAAAGGCAUAUUUAUUGAGGGCGAAAAUGAGUUUUUUUUUUUUAAUUUUGAAAAGGCAGGUGUAGAUAGAUUUUUUUAACCAAAGAUUUUAUAGUGCAUUUAUUAUUAAUUCUUUCGAACUAACUUUUUGACCUAUUUUUUUUUAUUUUGAAAGAAAAUUAUCUUCAUAGAAGAAAAUCCCCGGAGUUUUGUAUAGAUUGUACAUUUUUUUUGCAAUUCAUUUGCGAUUUUUGUAUGUUUUGUAAAAUAUAUUUAUAUAGGCAUUACUUUUAUUUUAUUAAAAAAAAAUGAGGUAUACAAAAUGAGCUUUGUUUUUAUAAACAUGUUUUUAGAACUGUGAAUGAGCAAAACGACUAGUUCUAGGAUUCGCUCGUUAUCUGUUUUGAUAACAAUAGCACUGAGGAAUAAAGAUAUUUUUUGUGUUUCUUUUUCUAGUCAUUGUGCUCAUUUUACAUUGUGCUCACAGUCUAAAAGCAUUUUAUAAGACUAAAAUAAUUGGGUAUGCUCCAUAAUUUCCAUACUAUGAGCAUUAUGACCAGCGCACAAUAAGUUUUGUUUAUAAACAUGUUUUCAAAUUUUCCCAUGAGAAUGAGCGAGAUGACUAGAUCUAGAUCUCACUCAUUCUCAUUCAAAUGUCAAAAACAUGUUUACUAAACAAAACUUAUUGUGCGUUGGGCAUUAUGCCCAACGCACAAUAACUUUUAUUAUGUAAACAUGUUUUUGACAUUUCAGUGAGAGUGAGUGAGAUCUAGAUCUAGUUAUCUCGCUCACUCUCAUAGGCAAUUUUGAAAACAUGUUUACAAACAAAAGUUAUUGUGCGUUGGGCGGGCAUUAUGCCCAACGCACAAUGACUUGUUUGGAAACAUGUUUUCAAAAUUGUCUAUGAGAGUGAAAGAGAUGACUAGAUUUAGGUCUCACUCACUCUCACUGAAAUGUCAAAAACAUGUUUACAUAAUAAAAGUUAUUGUGCGUUGGGCACUACACAGUUGACGUUGUUUUGUAAAUAUUUUCUUCGAGGUGCGUAAAGUUAUCUCGUUCACUUUCAUAAGCAUCUUCGAAAAGGUUUACAAAACAAAAAUAAAUUGUGCUUAUUGCAUUAUUCAUACCCAUUUACACUAAAUUUCCAAUUUUGUUGGGCAAAUAAAAAGAGCAAAGAUGGUAAAAAUCAAGUAAUAUUAAAAGUAUAAAUGACUCACUAAAAAAGGAAGAAAAAAAAAACAUGCAAGUGAAAAGUAAUCUAAAAAAGGGAAAAAAUUAAUGAAAUAACUUUAUUAGAAAUUUUAUUAUACAAGGUAAAAAGAAACUUUUUGAAACACAAGUAAUAAAUAAAAAAAAAGAAAACAAAAAUGAUAUAAAAUAAUUCUAAGACAUAUUCACGCAUAAUAUUGUUACACUUAGGAAAAAAAUGAAAAUUUUGAAUAUAAAAAUCAAUAUUGAUGCAUUAAAUUACACAAAGUUUUCGGUUUAAAGUUGACGUGGAUGGAAAACAAGUGAAAAAAAAACAAACAUUUAAAUAAUCUUUUAAAUAGAAUUUGCUCUUUUAUAGCCAUUUAGUGUGGAAACGAAGGAUAAUGAGAAAUAUUUAGUGGUGAAAGAAAGAAAAAAAAAAAUGAUACAAUUUAAUAUUUAGUGAAAAGAAUGAGAAAGACAGAAAGUCGCGAGAAUAAUAUUUAAGAAGAAAAAAAAAACAAGUAAAUAAUAUACGUAUUGAAAGAGGACGAUGCAGAUAGAAGGAAAAAGUAACAUGCAAAAAAAGGGGAAAAUUGUACACAAAAAUUAAAAAAAGAGAAACUUAGGACAAAGAAACGAGUUGAUAUGAGAGAAAACCUCAUAUAUUUUCUUUUCAAAGCUAAAUAAAAUUAAUUCUAAGCUAUACUGAAAUAUUGAAGAGCGCAGGAGCAAAUGAUAAAAAAAUGCAAAUAGAACGAUAAUAUAUUUAAUCCAAAUGAUAUAAAAAAAAGACAGCAUUAACAAGCCCAUUAAUACUAUUGAAUAGCAAAAAGAAAAACAAUUACGUGUAAAUACUGAAUUUAAUUACAAAGUGCAGAAACAAUUCAUCCACCCAUUUGAGAAUUUAUAGCAUCUUCUUUUUACGAUGUGACACCUUUUGAAGACUUUUCUUUCUCUCUUAAAUAAAUUGUGUUUGUUGCCCUGAAAAUGUCGCUGAUUGAUCUUACUUCUCUCUAGUUCUAAUACUAGGAAGAGAAGGAAUAUAAUUUAAAUCACACCUAAAAAAAAUUUAAGACAAGCAAUGAUAAGCCCUAUUGAACUUAUUUGAGCAAUGAUUCUUUCAUAAUCAAUUUGCUGCGUUAGGAAAUGGCAAGCGAAUUUGUCUGAAUAUUUUACUUCCAUCCUGUUUUUUAAUUGGCUAAUGGAAUCUACACACUAGAAGAAUUUAUGUCCAUAUUGAAGCAAAUAACCUAAGCUUGUGUAAGAAAAAUUCUUCAAUAUGGACAUACAUUUCUCUAGUGUGUAGAGGCCAAAAAACGUGAAAUUAUUCAAAGUUUUAACCAAUCGGAGAACACAAUGUGAAUACAAUAUUUUCCGGGAUUAAAUAUUGCACUUUAUAAUUUAUGGCCUCUACACACUAGACAAAUUUAUGUCUAUAUUGAAGAGUUUUUCGUACACAAGCGUAGGGGAAUUUGCUUUAAUAUGGACAUAAAUUGCUCUAGUUCUAGUGUAUAGAUGCCAUUAGAGAUACCCGGUUUAGAACUGCCAUCCACAUGCAUUUGUCGAGUGAAUAAUAAAUUUAAAAAAAACUUAUGUCUGUGUGAUAAUUCCUCUGAUAAAUGCAUAAUUAUAUAUUUUUGUUUGACAGUAGUUUCAAAAUUUAUUUCCAGAUAUAUAUCAAAAACUUGACGAAAAAUUAUGCCAUCAUUUUGGUUUGAGAAAUACAGAAUAUUACACUGAGAAAAAAAGAGGGUGCGAUUAACUUUUUUUCCUCAUAACUUUAACACUUUUUAGGUGUAAAAAUAUAUCAACAUUUUUAAAUGUUAAUUUUACACCUUAUUAAGGGUAAAAUUAACAUGAGAAAGGGUACCUUUAACCCCUAAUACACCUAAAAAGGGCAAUAUUUACACCGAUUUUCGAUCAAUUACUGCAGGGUAAAAUUAACAUUUCCGGAAUGUUAUUUUAACUUUUUCGGAUUUCUCUCAGUGUAUGAACGAUAUAAGAACUGGGCCCCAAAUACUUCUUGGUUUAUUUAAGAACAAUUCGAUGUCAAUUGUAGCAAUUGACAACGCAAUGACCCAUAUGGCAAGUGGAGUGACCCAUAAUUUAGUACUGACAAUUGGUUGCCUUUUAUUUACUAAACUAACAAUUCGGUGAAAAUUUUGGAUUUGCUUUAAAGCUUCUACAUUGUAGGAAGUAGGGCGUCUUUGAAUUGGUUCACCAUUAAAAUGGGGCUAUUUUUUGUACUAUUUCUAAAUAGAACUGAGCCUUAUCAAGUGCCAUUUAAAAAAUAGGACAAAAAAACCCUAUUUCAAAAGUACUUCUAUUCAAAGGUGGCCCACUUCCCACUAUUGAGAGAAUAUUUGUCCAAAUAGAGCAUUUUAAUGAAAAUCUCAUCAAUAAGGGCAAAAAGUAUCAAAUUACUCCAUUUGGAUGAAAAUAUCUCAGAAUUAGUAUAGGUGCCAUUAGAAGCUUUCACAAGAAACAUUUUACCUCAAAUAUAGACUACACAUGGCUCUUCGUUAUCCGGCACUUCGUUAUCCGGGUGACAGCUGCCGAACGCUGGCGGUUGAUAUAUUCAAAACGAUUUUUUUUUACGAAACAUGCAGUUUGUCUUGAAAGAAUUAAUGUGUUAUUUUCAUUUUAUCAAAAUUUUUGACACACAAUCGUGCUACAAAAUGAAACAUAAACACACCACAAAGAAAAUGUUGUUGUUUUUCGACAGAAAACAAAUUUCCACAGCAGAAAAUAUAAAAAACGUUGACCAGAUUCAAAAAACCAAAAUGUCAUUUUGUCCCCACGUCAGCCGAAUAACGAAGAGUCGAGUGUAUGAUAAUAACACUAUGGUUAUGAGAAAAGUUUAAAGUGAAAUUCCUAAAAACGUAUUUUUCAUCUGCCAAUAUAGAGGGAAGUUGGGAACCUUUGAAUUGGGGGAUUUUUGACAAGGGAGCAUCUAAACGGGGGGAUUUUAUUUUGAAAUCGCAAUAUUUGACACAAAAGUCCCCCAUUGAGCUUUAGACCGGUGCAUUUUUGCCUAUCUUUUGGCGCUUAAAAUCUCCCUCUUCAAAAGCUCUUUUGUUUAUGUUCGAAUAUUUUGACAUUUCAAUCGAUUUCAAAUCUUUUUUUUUGUUUUUCAAGAGAUGUUUUUCUCGUGAUCUAUUUUCAAAGUUAUUAAAAAUCGAAAAGCAGGUGAAAUAGGGACACGGUAUCGAUCUCUCUUCUGAAUGUAUCGUUUAAUCUUCUUUUAAUAUGGUCGAAUUGUUAAAUAGACAUCCUUAAAUAGAAUUAAAGAAAUAGUUAAAUAAAAUAAAGUUGAUUUAUAGAAAAAUGAAAACUUAGGAUAUUUUCUUAAUUUAGCAACAAUAUUGGCAUAAAAUCCUGCGGUAAGACGGUUUUGAUAUAGAGGCUGGUUGCCCCAUCUCCUCUUCCUUAUAAAGUGUUUGUCACUAGGCAUAAAUAUUAACUUUACCACUCUUUAACAAAAUCUUUGAUUGUAAAACACUGUGUGAUUGACGUUUGAAACGUUUUGAAAUAAAAUAGAUAGUCUUCCAGACUAUCUAUUUUAGUUAGAGCCCACUUGGAGAAUUUAUAACAGAGGGUGGAGAAAAUUUAUCUCAGGCAUGAACCACUAGGGGAGAUUUCCCGAGACUCACCGGUGCAUAGCACAGUGAGGUGCAUUUUCGAAAUCUCCCCAUAUAGAAAACGCCUAAUCGGUGUGUUUCUCCUAUUUUUUUUUUAUAGAAGGAACUGGACUUCACCAUGAUAUGAUUUAGCUCAACAAACCAUUUUUUAAGCCAAAUUGUAUUAUUAAAAACCUCAAUUCGUUUUACAAAUAAAAGAAAAAACCCAUUUUCAAAGAGAUUCCAAUUCAAAGGUGCAUCACAUUUACUUAUAAAGAUGCUUAAUGGCAUCAAUACAUUGUAAGAAAUUUUUGACAAAAUGAAGCAUUUUGACACUUUUAGACCAGGGCUUCGAGCACAUCUUCAAGUAAUUUACUUCAAAAUGCUCCAUUUUGAGGAAAAUAUCCCACAAUGUGUAAUGGCCUCUACAUACUUGAGAAAUUUAUAUCCAUAUUUGACAGGUUUUCUAAGAAACGUAGGCAAUUUCCUUCAAUAUGGACAUGAACAUCUUUAAUGGCGUCUGCACACUAGAAAAAUUCAUGUCCAUAUGAACAUGAAAUAACCGUCAAAUAUGGACAUAAAUUUCUCUAGUAUGUAGAUGCUAUUAGUGUGCAGAGUCCAUAAUGGCGUCUACACAUUAGUAGAAAUUUUUUUUAAAAAAAUACCUUUUUAAAGAAAAUUUCCCCUAUCCUUGUAGGCAGAACGUCAGAAUUUUUUUUAAAAAGGCAUUUUUAGAAAAAAAAAAUUCUAGUGUGUAGACACCAUAAGUCUCUGUCCUCCGAAUUUCAGUGAAAUUGACGAAGGUGUUAGCUUCACCAGGAGAAUUGCAACAGCUGUGACUAUGAAAGAAUUAUUGCUGGAAUUAUUGAAUCAAUUUUUGCGACAUGUUUAGUGCAUAAACCUAAAUUACAAAUUUCCUCUCCAAUUUGUCCACCCAUGAACCGGCCACUGUAUUUUGUUUUCUUUUAUUGCCAUAAAAUAUAUAUUUCCCUCGCAAGUUCUCCAGAAAGAAGAAAAAGAAAAAAAAGGAACAAGACAUGCACAAAGCAUAAAUGAAAAUAAGAAAGUCAAAAGAGAAUUUUAUACGAAAGCAAAUCAUUGCCGUUGAUAGAGUUCAACAUUGUUGAUUGUUUUUUAAAUUGUAAUUUUCAAAUAUAUUUUUCCGUGAAAUCUCAAUCGAUGAGGAAGAAAAAGGCAAAGAAAAAAAAUUAGGAGAACUAGGUGAAAAUAAUGUUAAAAAAAAAGAAAUGAGAAGAGGUUAAAUCACAUAAAUUCUUUUCUCACCAUUUGCUCUUUUUUGUAAAUAAGAAAGAACAUAAGCGUUGGGUUUUUUGAAAGCGAAUAACAAACCAACACAUGCACUAAAUUAAAAAGAUAAAACAAGUUAUUAAAGAAAAAAAAAUCAUAGUGAGUAGAAGUUUUUAAUAAAUAAACAUGAUAAGAGGAAGAAGAAAUGAAGAAAAAAUAUAUUAACUAUAUUUAGAGGUAUUUUAUUUAAUAUUUAAAAAAAAGUAUAUUGUUCAAAGUUCAGUCAAGGAGCGAAAGCAAAGAAAUGCAGUGGAGAAAAUGUUACCAAUAUAAGAAAAAAAAGAGUGGAAUAACGAGAGGAAGAAAAUUCAUUGUAAAGCAUUUUCGCUAUUUAUAGAGAUGAAAUAAAAAAAAAACAAGAAAUGAAAAAUGAGACACAAGCAAAAAAUAAAAUUAAUUUAUUGAAAAAAAGGUGAAAAAUAUUGACAUAUAGAAAUGAAAAAUAUAUUAUGAGGGAUAGAGGAAAAAAACUUACUAAGAAUAUUAGAAUAUAAAUUAUAUAAAGCCAUAUAUUUAUAUAAUUAAUAAGUCAUUUAUAAUAUGCAAGUGCUUCUUACAAAUAUAUUAAAAAGAAAUGAAAAAAGAUACUGCUUAGAUGAGUAGACAGUUUUGGUGUGUAAAGAUUUUACAAUUGAUUUUGAGUUUUUCAAAAAAAAAAAGUGUUUCAUUUUAUGCUCCAAACAUAGAAAUAUAGAAUCAUUAUACAGAAUAAUAAGACAAAUUGCGAUAAUUCUAGCAUUUUAAACAUUUUUACCGUACAAGUUAUUCAACAAGCAAAAGUAAAAGAACAAAGGGAAUAUAUUGAAAAUAUAAAGUUUACAUCAUUUCACAAUUUUCGAUACCAAAAAAAAACCAUCCUCAAUUAAUUCUUCCAAACAAAUUGAGUUUUUCCUCCAAUUUCCUGAGGAUAGUUUUGAAAUGAUUUUGAAAAAAAAAUCUCGGUAAACUCGAUAUUUUUGCUUCUGACGAAGAUAGAAGACCCUUUGACAUCUUUUUUAAAAAAUUUAAGGAAAAAAAAAGCCAUGAAAAGUUAAAGUAUGAUAGUGGUUUAAAUUUUAGGAUUUUACAUUAUUACAUUAUUAUUGAAUAGAUUUAUUGAUAAGAAUGCAGUCAAUUGUAUAGUAAUGAUGAACAAAAACAAAAAAAACUAAACUCGUAGUGAAUUAUUUAUAAAAAAAAAGAAAAUAGAAACUAAAAGGAUAAAAAAAACGGUUCUCUCCAAAAUAACCUUUUAGAAGAGUCAUCAAAUAGUUUUUUGCAAAUGAUGAAGAAAAAAAAUUCCCAAACCGAUAGCGGAAAUUCCAUUUACUACGUUUUUUCGAUAUUCUCUCUUGAUGAAAAACUGGAAAAAAAAAUCUAAAUAGAACUAUGAAAUAGUUUUAAACACUUAAAAAAAAAGAACAUGAACAAGUAAUUAUUACUAAUAUCUAAUGUACUAUUAAUAUUUACAUAACAUGCAAGGAGAGGAAAAAAUAGAGUAAAGAGUUUUCUUUGAAGUGCAAGAAUAAGCGCAAAGAAAAUCGUAAAUUAAGAAAAAGGGAAAUAUUGCAUUCAUUUGGAGCGAUUUUAUUUAACCUUUUGCAGAUUGCUUCAUAAUUAUCUAAAUGAUCUUUUUUCUCGUGGAUUUUGGAAAAUCAGUUUUUUAUGCCAAACAAAACAUUGAAAAAAAAACUAAAUGCAAGUUUAUGCUAAGCCCUAGACACACUUACGAGUUAAGCCGAGAGACUGAUUAACGUAAGCAAAUGAGUUAAUUGAAUCCCAUCAAUAUCUUACCAACUCAGCCGUGUCUCGAUUUAAGCUGAGAGACGAUUUAGUCUGAAACUUAUGGAAAUGCAAUUUGACCAUUAUUUUAAUUAUAAUUAUGUUAAACCGUCUGUCGGCUUAAGUCAGUUAAGUUAUACGGAUUUCAGACCUAAGGUUUAGCUAUAUGGCUUAACUACUCUAAUUUUUUAUCAAUUACGAUUUUUUGGAAAAAAUUUAACUUAGGAUUGGAUUAUUAAGAACAAAUAAUCUAUUAGGCUCUCAAAAAGUAAUAAAAUUGCUCGCUAUUUAAAAUUUUGAGACAUUAUGGAACUGGGUUAAACUUCUAGUCUGAAACCGGCCUUAGUGUGUCAAGGGCAUUUCUGCUUAAGACGAGGCAUGGUUUCGAAAAACUGAACAAUUUGAAUAAUUACGUUAAAUCGUUUCUCGGCUUAAACUGUAAGUCUGCACAGCACAUUACUCUUUAAUAAAAUAUAAUAUAAUAUUAUCAAUGCGACUUUAGGAUUUUAUUCUAUUGAAAUCAAAUUUACAAUACAAUCUUAUAAAAAAACUAAAUUUUUAUUGAUACCAUCAAUUUUUUUUUAAUAAUUCUCUUGGGAAUGUAAGCAGGGUAAUUUUAAAAAUUAAAAGUCGCAAAAAUCGUGUUUGCGAUUUUCAGUGACCUCCAUGAGAUUUUGAAUAAAUUAUAGUUAUUAUUAGAGGCAGUGCUUGUAAUUUCGGACGGUUUUUUGUACUUUCUUUUCAGAAGUAUUGUUUGGAACAUUGACAAGCAAUUUAUCGUUUUUGCUUUUCCGUGAAAUUAAUCUUAAUACGUUUAAAAAUGAAUAGAUUUUAAAUUCAGGCAUGAGUUUGAAUGCAAUUUUGGACAUUUUGCUUGUAAUUUUGGACAGCAAUUCCGCUUCAAUAAGAUGCCCAUUGUUGUUUAUUUCAAGAACCCAACCUACCAAGCCCUCUUCAUGUUUAUGAAAAUGAACCGUAGGAUGUCCCAAGAAGUCAGGAAACUUCCCAUACAAUUCAUAAAUGGGAGUUGAUUUCGGAUUCAAGUAUGCGCGGAUUCACGCAAUCCCUUACUUUUCUGGGACUCUUAAAGCAUUUUGUACUGGAUCUCGUUCUCAGAGAUGAUUCUCCUUUGUGUUUUUGGACAUUUAUACAACCUAAUCAUUAAAAAAAAAUGGUUGUCCAAAAUUACAAGCAUCACCUUACUCGUGAAUCUCUGACAAAAUUGUUUAAUUUCACACGAAAAACCGAAUUCACAAGGAAAAUUUCACUCUAUAAUGAAAAAAUCACUAUUAUUGUGAAUAAACACAAUAUUCAAUGAACACUUAAAAA